AUGUCGCAUUAUGAUCGGUAUGAUCGAUACGAUCGACAACACGAUCGGCACGGGCCGUACGACCGGCCUGGCCCCUAUGAUCGGCCCCCGCCUGCAGAGCCUCAAGAUCGUCACCACUGGCGCAGUAGCCACGAUGAUCCACAAUCUCCGAGGCGCCAGGAUGACCGUGCUGUCAGGGAACAUCGGGAUCCUUACGCCGGCGUUCCUACCUCAAGAGCGGGCCAGGAUCCGUACCUAGACGCGGACAGAAGAUACAAUCCUUAUGGAGAUCCGGAAAGAAGGUACGAGGGUGACUACCGCUACCCCCCACCACCAGCCUACGAUCCUUAUUAUGACCCGUACCGGCAGCACUACCCACCGCCGCCGGGAGCCUACGGUGGCGGAGCCUACGGAGGAGGCUACUACCCACCGCCUCCGGGCUAUGGGCACUAUGGCCCACCACCUGCAGGUUACGGCCCACCCCCUCCCGGCUACGGCUAUCCUCCUCCACACUAUCCCCCACCUCACUACCCUCCCCCACCAAGAACCAGGAGCUACAGCCCCGAGCGUCAGACUCAGCGUGAGCCUGCGAAACGUGGUGGCGGCAAGGGGCAGAAGGGCAAAAAGGAGAACAACGCCGGCCCUCCCCGAGGGAAGCGAAAGCAGCGGGAGGCCUCGCCGGAAAACCCCGUGGUGGAUGCGGCGGAAAUCCGGCUCAACAUGUCUGAGGUGUUGCCAAGAUUGGUCAAGGCUGCGCAGGAACAGGAAGGGAGCCGAUUCCUGCAGUGGAAGCUGAGUGGGAACUCCAGUGCUGAAGAGCGAGCGCAGAUCUUCGAAAGGGCGCUGCCGGACGUUGUACACUUAGCAAAUGAUGCGUUUGGGAACUUUGUGGUGCAGAAGUUGUUCGAGGCUGGGACGGAGGAGCAGCACAGCUCUUUGGUCUCCAAAGUCAAGGGCAGCAUACUGGAGCUCGCGAAGGACAAGUAUGGUUGCAGAGUAGUCCAGAAGAUGAUGGAGGCAUUGCCCCAGCAGUUGAAGAUGGACAUUGCCUCCGAGAUCAUGGACAAUGUCAUAGAAUGCAUCGAGGACAUGAACGGCAAUCACGUCAUCCAGAAGGUUGUAGAGAACCUCGAUGAGGUUCACUUCGUCAUUGCAGCUGUGUCGAAGAGCUCAGAGACAGCCGAGAGCAUGGCCUCCCAUAUUUAUGGCUGUCGGAUCAUCCAGAGGCUCUUGGAGAACUGCCCACUGGAACGCCUGGAUGGCGUCUUAGACCCCAUCGUGAGUGCAGUGGGGAAGUUAUCCAAAGACAAGCAUGCCAAUUAUGUGAUUCAGUGCAUUCUGGAGAAGGGGCGCUUUGAAGACAAGCGAAGUAUCGUGCAAGCGAUCAGCAGGAAUGUCCUUGAUUACUCCAAGAACAAGGUCUCAAGCAACGUGGUCGAGAAGUGCCUUGAAGUAACCUCCGACGGGCCCGCGGCAGAGAGCCUGGAGGAGGAGCGUGCGGCACUGUAUUCUGCCGUCUUGGGAUCUGCUGGUGACCAGCGAGCACCUAUAAACCAGCUCAUGACAGAUAAGUUCGGAAACUAUACGGCGCAGCGAAUCAUCCAAUACAGCCGCGGGGAGGACUGGCAGGAGCUUCGACGACGCAUCGAGGUGCUGGAGAAAGACCUGAAGAACUCCCCGACAGGUAGACACAUCCUGACGGCCAUGGAGAAGAAGAAGAAAGCUGAGGGAGAAUCGUGGUUGGAUGUGCCGUCUGGUGUGGAGGUGAGCUUCACAUCACUUGAGGGGCAUUUCGCGGCCCAGUUGCAGCCCUUUUUCUUGGACGUCCUGGGCAUCCCACUCCUGAGCUCUCUUGAGGUGCAGGCGCGGCUACGUGCCGCAGCGACCUCCGGAUCUGCCGACGCUACCUCCACGCUGCACAGGGCGUACCAAGACUUGGAGAAGCUCUGCCAGAGCAUUGACAACGAUGACUCCGAGGAUGUGGCCCUAAGCUUCUUGAAGGAGGACUUGGCCAACAUGGUCUUCCUGCCGGGAGUUGAGGACCAGCCUUCGAAAGAGGCGUUCGUCUUCUUGGCUUCCGGACAUUCGGACUUCGCGGCUCGCAGCGGCAAGAUUGAUUUGAGCCUUCAUUUUCCGGGGCUGGACGACUACUUCACCCGCAUGGUGGGACUUCCCAGUUUCCUGGAUGCUGAUUGCUGCUUCCGCGUGCUGAGAAGCCUGCAGUCGGAGGAGGACUGUUUGAGCCUCGUCCUGGCCAUCUACAGCAACCUGGAGCAGGCCCAUGGAUGCAGCAUGCAGGCCGUGGACAUGUCCUUGGUCUUCCAAGAGGAGCCCUUGGUCUUUGCUCCAUUGGCUGAUCGCUCUGUCCGAGAGGUGGCUCGGGUGAUGAAGUCGCAACCCUCCCUGUGGCGUCGCAGCGUGGACUGCAUGUGGCACGACGUACCGUCGGGAGUCGAGGUGGGCUGCAGAUCCCUGGAGGGCCGGCUGCCAUCUGAUAUGGAAGACUUCUGCAUUGAGCUGCUGGCGGUACCGGCUUUCUCGGCAGUGGAGGCACGGUUGGGGAGUGGAAACUGA